AGCUCCUGUAUAAAACCCCUAACAGAGUAUAUCCCAGACCACAUGCUCAAAUCAGAACCAUCAUAUAGGUAAAGAAGUACAGAGACGACCAUCAACAGGAGCGUUUCACAUCACUGACAAUGGGCAUCUUCAACAAAGUACCACUGCAAUUUUUUGCUUCCCUUGUUCUUAUUUAUUCAGUGUUAAACAUAUGGAGAGGCACCGCAGGCUGGUCAUACCAUUACUCAGAAUCCCGUAUGGACUGGGAAUCUGCCAGACGCUGGUGCAGGGAGAAAUUCACUGACAUGGUAGCCAUCCAGAACAAAGAAGAGAUUUAUCACCUCAACAGAAUCCUUCCAAAAGUCGCUGGAUAUUACUGGAUUGGUAUUCGUAAAAUUAGUGGCCGCUGGACCUGGGUGGGAACUAACAAGUUGCUUACCAAUGAAGCUGAGAACUGGGCAGAAAAGGAGCCCAAUAAUGGAGGGAAUAAUGAAGACUGUGUGGAAAUAUACAUUAAAAGAGAGAAAGAUGAAGGCAAAUGGAAUGAUGAAUCCUGCUUGAAACAGAAAACUGCACUGUGCUACACAGCUGCCUGCAAAGAUGACUCCUGUGUCAGUGGUCAUGGAGAGUGCGUCGAAACCAUUAACAGCCAUAAAUGCUCAUGCUUUGAGGGUUUCUAUGGAGAGCGAUGUGAACAUGUUGUAAAAUGCAAACCGGAGCACGUCAGCCCACCAGAUCAUGCAAGCGUCCAGUGCUCUGAUCCUAAUGGAAAUUCCUCAUAUGCCUCUCAGUGUGAAUAUUCCUGUGAAAAAGGUUAUGAACUAAAGGGUUCCAGAACAACAAGAUGCACUUCUACCACAAAGUGGUCAAGCAAACCACCAACCUGUGAACUUUUUCAAUGUCCAGAGCUGACCAAACCACAGAAAGGCCAAAUGCAGUGUCAACAUCCAAUGGGCAGCUUCAGCUACCAAUCCACCUGUGAGUUUAUGUGUGAAGAAGGAUACACAAUGCGAGACUCCAGCUCCUCUACACUUUUCUGUGGAGCAACGGGACACUGGAAUGAUUCACAACCCACUUGUGAAAUUGUAAAAUGCAAACCGGAGGAUGUCACCCAACCAGAUCAUGCUAUUGUCCGGUGCUCUCAUCCUUCUGAAAAUUUCUCAUAUGGCUCUCAGUGUGAAUAUUCCUGUGAAGAAGGUUAUGAAGUAAAGGGUUCCAGAACGACAACAUGCACUUCUACUACAGAGUGGUCAAAGAAACCACCAACCUGUGAACCUGUUCAAUGCCCAGAGCUGACCAAACCACAGAAAGGCCAAAUGCAGUGUCAACAUCCAAUGGGCAGCUUCAGCUACCAAUCCACCUGUGAGUUUGUGUGUGAAGAAGGAUACACGGUGCAAGACUCCAGCUCCUCUACACUUUUCUGUGAAGCAAUGGGACACUGGAAUGAUUCACAACCCACUUGUGAAAUUAUAAAAUGCAAACCAGAGGACGUCAGCCCACCAGAUCAUGCAAGCGUCCAGUGCUCUGAUCCUAAUGGAAAUUUCUCAUAUGGCUCUCAGUGUGAAUAUUCCUGUGAAGAAGGUUAUGAACUAAAGGGUUCCAGAACGACAACAUGCACCUCUACCACAGAGUGGUCAAGCAAACCACCAACCUGUGAACCUGUUCAAUGUCCAGAGCUGACCAAACCACAGAAAGGCCAAAUGCAGUGUCAACAUCCAAUGGGCAGCUUCAGCUACCAAUCCACCUGUGAGUUUGUGUGUGAAGAAGGAUACACGGUGCAAGACUCCAGCUCCUCUACACUUUUCUGUGAAGCAAUGGGACACUGGAAUGAUUCACAACCCACUUGUGAAAUUAUAAAAUGCAAACCAGAGGACGUCAGCCCACCAGAUCAUGCAAGCGUCCAGUGCUCUGAUCCUAAUGGAAAUUUCUCAUAUGGCUCUCAGUGUGAAUAUUCCUGUGAAGAAGGUUAUGAACUAAAGGGUUCCAGAACGACAACAUGCACCUCUACCACAGAGUGGUCAAGCAAACCACCAACCUGUGAACUUGUUCAAUGCCCAGAGCUGACCAAACCACAAAAAGGCCAAAUGCAGUGUCAAGAUCAAAUGGGCAUUUUCAGCUACCAAUCCACCUGUGAGUUUAUAUGUGAGGAAGGAUACAAGGUGCAAGACUCCAGCUCCUCCACACUGUUUUGUGAAGCAACGGGACGCUGGAAUGAUUCACAACCCACUUGUGAAAUUAUAAAAUGCAAACCAGAGGACGUCAGCCCACCAGAUCAUGCGAGUGUUCAGUGCUUUGAUCCUAAUGGAAAUUCCUCAUAUGCCUCUCAGUGUGAAUAUUCCUGCGAAAAAGGUUAUGAACUACAGGGUUCCAGAACGACAACAUGCACCUCUACCACAGAGUGGUCAAGCAAACCACCAACCUGUGAACUUGUUCAAUGCCCAGAGCUGACCAAACCACAGAAAGGCCAAAUGCAGUGUCAACAUCCAAUGGGCAGCUUCAGCUACCAAUCCACCUGUGAGUUUGUGUGUGAAGAAGGAUACACGGUGCAAGACUCCAGCUCCUCUACACUUUUCUGUGGAGCAACGGGACACUGGAAUGAUUCACAACCCACUUGUGAAAUUAUAAAAUGCAAACCAGAGGACGUCAGCCCACCAGAUCAUGCUAGCGUCCAGUGCUCUCAUCCUUCUGAAAAUUUCUCAUAUGGCUCUCAGUGUGAAUAUUCCUGUAAAGAAGGUUAUGAACUAAAGGGUUCCAGAACGACAACAUGCACUUCUACUACAGAGUGGUCAAGCAAACCACCAACCUGUGAACCAGUGGUCUGCCCACAACUUCCUGAGCCAAUCAACAGCUAUAUGAACUGCUCAUCUGAAGAACCCACCGUUGGUACCUUCUGCACCUUCAGCUGUCAUGAAGGCCACCAACUUGAAGACCUCAGUAACAGGAUAGUGAUUUGCAACUACAACGGGAGCUGGUCAGGGGAAGUGGCAGUGUGUCAAGCUCAUCCUGAUACCUCUACAUCACUCUUGGAAGCAACAGAAGUGACGAUUGGGGUUUCAAGCGCUAUGAGCGCCUCCAGUCUAGGCUUAGUUCUCUGGUUACUGAAGAGAAUGAGGAGAAAAGCUGACAAUUUUGACCUGAACAGUACCUCAGAUAUUGAAGAGCCACCACAGUCUUAUAAGAACAGUGCUGAAAGUCUCAUAUAGAGCAAAAUAGCAUCAAACUACGGCAUACAUGGACUCACAACUGCCUUGCUGGACAUAAAUGAUUGAGAUGCUUGGAUAUUUUUAAACUCAUUCUGAUGGGCAUUAUCAGUUACUUGGCUGAAAGUCCUAACAGUCCUAACUGAAUACAAUCUCUACUUCCUAACGGAAGCUUUUAUUACUUACUUGACUGAACAUAUUGUUCUGUACUGUUUAAAUCUACUCUUUUUAUGUUAUUAAUAUGCAUUUUUGUACUAUUUAUUGUCCCAAAAUUGUAUUGGUCCUAUUAAGCUAUUUUUACAUGUAAACCAAUAAAGUGUGACUUUUAUGA